ACAAUUUCAUUACUAUAACGUACAGUAUCUUGAUCUGAAAUUUAACUCCCUUCAGGGUCCACUACCUUCAUCCAUUUGUAACAUGAGUUCGCUUAUCUUAUUAGAUUUAUCACGCAACAACUUCAAUGACUCAGUUCCACAUUGCUUGGGAAGCAUGGCUAGUCUAAUGGUGCUAGACUUAAGAAGGAACAAUUUCACAGGGAGUCUUCCCCCAUUAUGUGCACACAGCACUUCGUUGAGUACCAUUGUCAUAAAUGGUAAUCAAUUUGAAGGACCUGUACCUGUGUCGUUGCUCAAGUGUGGUGGUCUAGAAGUACUUGAUGUGGGGAACAAUGCUAUAAAUGACAGGUUUCCAUCUUGGCUCGGAACUCUUGAAUACCUGCAGGUCCUUAUAUUAAAGUCGAACAAGUUCCAUGGACCUAUAAGUACGUGUCUGACUAAGUUUUGCUUUCCCAAGUUGCGAAUUUUUGAUCUUUCUCGUAAUGAUUUCAGUGGCUCACUUCCUGCAAAAGUUUUUGGAAACUUCAAGGCAAUGAUCAAAUUAGAUGACGAAGACACAAGAGAGAUAAAGUACAUGAAAUCUGCGUUGUAUUGGCCAUUUGUCACAUCGUAUGAGGAUUCAGUGAGUUUGGUAAUCAAAGGGCAGGAUAUUGAGCUACAAAGAAUCAGCACAAUUACGACAACCAUAGAUCUCUCAAGCAACCAUUUUGAAGGUGUCAUUCCGAAAACACUAAAGGAUCUCAGCUCACUUUGGCUACUCAAUUUAUCCCAUAACAAUCUCAUAGGUCAUAUUCCAAUGGAAUUGGGGCAAUUGAAUACACUUGAAGCUUUAGAUCUCUCCUGGAAUCGGCUCACUGGAAAGAUUCCGCAGGAAUUGACAAGAAUAAACUUUCUAGCAGUCUUAAACCUCUCCCAAAAUCAUCUCGUCGGACCAAUUCCUCAAGGUCCACAAUUCAACACAUUUGGAUAUGACUCAUAUGGUGGCAACCUUGAUUUAUGUGGUCUUCCUUUAUCAAAGCAAUGUGAAACGAGUGAUUCAUCACAUGUUCCUCAACAAGAAGAUGAAGGCGAGUCAUAUUUUUUUAGUGGAUUUACGUGGGAAUCAGUAGUCAUAGGCUACAAUUGUGGUCUAGUUGUUGGAACUUUCAUGUGGAGUCUCAUGUUUAAAUAUCGUAAGCCAAAAUGGUUUGUGGAAUUUUUUGAUGGACUCAUGCCUCACAAAAGAAGAAGGCCAAAGAAGAGAGCUCAGAGAUGACGGACUUAAUGGAAGAUUGAGAGGGUAACCUUGUCUUUGUUUGAUUUUGUGGACUAAUUAGUGAACUUUUCUGGUUCUGUUUUUGUCUUUUCAAUUUUCUAUUUGUUGUUUGUGUAUGUUUGAUAGAAACAUAAUUAUAUGUGUGUUAUUCAAGUUAUGUUAGUUUGUU